UGUGUAAAUAGAGUAGCUCGUUCAGAGGGAAGUUUCCGCCUCUUCUUCACUAUACGCAUCUGUCAUCAGAGCUGCUGCGGGACGGACGGAACACCUUCACGAUCACACUGAACAUGCCGGGACUGCUGCUCGGGGAUGUAUUUCCUGAUUUUGAGGCGGAGACCACCAAUGGCAAAAUUAAACUCCACGAAUUUCUCGGUAAUUCAUGGGGAAUCCUGUUCUCCCACCCCAGAGACUACACCCCAGUGUGCACCACAGAGCUGGGCCGUAUUGCAAGACUGAGCAGUGAGUUCAGUAAACGCAACAUUAAAAUAAUCGCCCUGUCCAUCGACAGCCUGGAGGAUCACCACGGCUGGACCAAGGACAUCCUGGCAUACAACUGUGAGGAGUCUGCCUGCUGCUCGCUGCCCUUUUCCAUUAUAGCGGACAGUAAACGUGAGCUGGCAGUCGCCCUGGGCAUGUUGGACCCAGAUGAGAAGGACAAAGAUGGCCUGCCGCUUACUGCCCGCUGUGUGUUUAUCAUUGGCCCCGACAAAAGGUUGAAACUGUCACUUCUCUACCCGGCCACCACCGGACGGAACUUUGAUGAGAUUUUGCGAGCGGUGGACUCACUCCAGAUCACAGCAGGGAAACGAGUGGCAACACCUGCAGACUGGAGGCCUGGAGACUGUGUUAUGGUCCCUCCCAACAUGUCUGAGGAGGAAGCUGCCUCUUUGUUCCCAGCUGGCGUCUACACCAAAGACCUGCCCUCUGGCAAGAAGUACCUGCGCUACACACCCCAUCAAUAAGCAUGGUUAGAGACAGCACUGAUAUUCAACACUCACUUAGUCACACUUAAUAAAACAGCUGGACCCGGAGUUACAGCUAAUUUUUGUCCCUAACAGGGGCAUCCCACUUGUGACAAAAUGAAUGGAAUACAAAUGAAUGCCUUAAGGAAUUUGUAGGACUUUUCUAAAUUAGAGAUUUUACAGUAUUUAUAACUCCCAAUAAUAAAAGCUAUACUAUGUUCGGCC